AAAAGGCGGAUACUCAGAAAGUAUAUCUUCACGUGUAGAUUAGUACCCGUGGGGAGAUCGAAACUUUAUCUGAAUAGCAACAAAAGUAACCAGGAUAUCCAGUCCUCAAUACUGGAACUUGAUAAACAACAUCCAUCAUACUCCCCUCCAACACGCCAACCCGAAGCAACACUCCAUGAAAGUAGCAUCAUGUACCGCUCACUGACCCAAUUUGCUUACUCUUACUGA